AUGAAGUUUUUAACUGUUAUUUCAGCUUGUUUGGUUCUUUCUUUAACCAUCAAUGCUGCACCAAUGGGUUUAGAGAAAAGACGAUUUGGUCAAGAACAUACUCCGGCAGCUGAUGCAACCUUCCAAGAGAUUAAAGAUAUCGCUCAAGGUACUGGUACGGAGGCCCAAGCUGGAAAUCUGUCAGGCGCUAUGGUUAGGGCACUUUUAGCUAAAGCUCCUGCAUGUGAUCAACAAGAUCGUGCUGAUGAAAUUAUUGAUCUUGCUGAGCAACUUGGAGGUAAUAAAAAGAAACAAUUGAUUAAACUUGCCAAAACAUAUAGACAACUUGAACGCAAUACUCCUAAUGCUGGUCAACCAUCCGAACUUUGUAAAGAGAAGCCAAGACACAAGGAGCUUAACGGGUUAAAGCAAGCCCAAGAUCCAACUGGCAGUCCUAAAAGUAGUGAUCCUAAAACUGGUGAUCCUAAAGCUAGUGAUCCUACCACAACUGUUGGUGGAGAGCAAUUUAAAAUGCCAAAGAUAACAAAAGAUGGCGCCCAAUUUGUAGUUAAUGGGAAUAAAUUUCAAAAUCUUGAUGCCGCUCACGGUCGUCAAUGCGACAUUCAGUUCAAUGGAGGUGAUAGGAGUUUCAGUGGUGCAGAUUGUGAUAAUCAAACUAAUGUUUGCAAAUCGGGUGCUCCAAUUUUCGGAUAA